CCAACAAGUGUAGCAACAGGCACAUAUGAGCAGGCUGUCAGUAAGGAUGGAAAGUUUCCAGGUGACAAGUCUAACAAUGCCCAAUCAAAGCGGGGGAUACAGACACACCCAGAUGGUACAGUGUCAAAUAUACCCACCGGCAUGGUAACUGACCAGUUCGGCAUCGUAGGACUGUUAACUUUCAUCCGUGCAGCAGAAAACGACCCAAAUUUAGUGGCACUAGCACCUGGCAUCGACUUGACGACAUUGGGUUUAAAUCUCAACUCACCCGAGUAAGUUGUUAUCAUUUGUGUAUCUUGUUUAAUAAUAAAUUUCUGUUUUAAUAUUUUAAAAAUAUAUGACCUAUCAAUCAAUGGUCCAGGAUGCCUAGCAGCUCAAAAUCUGUUCAGGAUAUCAUGCUUUGUUUUUGACAUUUCCAGUGACCUGAACAUUGUAGUUAGCAGCUUAAGGGUCUGGAGUUUAAAAUGCUUGGAUUCCCAGGAAAAUUUUAAAUUAGAAAAUGGUAAACAUAUCCAUCAAGCCAUUUAUUGGAUGAUGGUUCCUCCAGAUUGAGGAGUAGAUGGGUUAAUGAGAUAACAUAAAUAAUGCUUUUUGCUGCAUUGGCAAAUUAAAAGGUUCAAAACUUCUGAUUAAGACACUUACCGUAGUCUGAGUGUAAAAUUGGGAUUUUAAAAAUAUUAUACUGUAUAUUUGUGUUGUUACUCAUGGUGUGGAAAAUUUUACAACGGCAAUCAAUG